UGGCGAUAUUUGCCACGUCAGCAGAGAAAACAAAGCUCCUUUUGCGCGAUGCUAUAUUGUUAAUGAAACGAUCUCUCUCUCUCCCUCCUUUCAACAAUGGAAUUUUUGCAGGUUGCUGGGAUCCGCAAAUCUCGAUCACUGAAACGCCAACAGCAAAAACGACGAUUUCUCUCUCAUUCUCGCCGCUAGAAACUUCUUUCCUUAGUUAUAUGAAGAAAUGAAGAAAUAGAGAUUCUGGCGGUGGUGGUGAUUAUUGCCGUUUGCGGUGGUGGUGAUAGGGAAAUUUAGCUGUGAGGGGGAGAAUAUAAAAUAUAAUAAGAAUGAUGGCUGCUACGAGGGAGCAUCAAACGGUGCCGCUUUCGGUGCUGUUAAAGCGAGAAUUGGCGAACGAGAGGGUAGAGAAGCCGGAGAUUUUAUACGGUCAGGCUAGUCAGAGCAAGAAAGGGGAGGAUUUUACAUUGUUAAAAACUGAAUGCCAGAGAAUCGUCGGUGACGGGAUCACUACUUAUUCUGUUUUCGGGUUAUUUGAUGGACAUAACGGGUCUGCAGCAGCAAUAUACACUAAGGAGAAUCUGCUCAAGAACAUUAUAGCCGCCAUGCCUCCGGAUCUCAACAGAGAUGAAUGGGUAGCAGCAUUGCCAAGAGCUUUAGUUGCAGGGUUCGUCAAAACUGAUAAAGAUUUUCAAGAGAGAGCUCGAACAUCAGGAACAACUGUCACCUUUGCAAUAAUAGAAGGAUUGUUCAUAACUGUGGCAUCUGUUGGUGAUUCCCGUUGCAUUCUUGAAUCUGCUGAAGGUGAUAUCUAUUACUUGUCAGCAGAUCAUAGACUCGAGUGCAAUGAAGAGGAGAGGGAGCGCAUUACUGCAAGUGGGGGUGAGGUGGGACGGCUAAAUACUGGUGGUGGUGCAGAGAUUGGCCCUUUGAGAUGUUGGCCUGGUGGCUUAUGUCUUUCACGAUCCAUCGGGGAUGUGGAUGUUGGCGAGUACAUUGUUCCUGUUCCUUAUGUGAAGCAAAUUAAGUUGUCUACUGCGGGUGGUAGGCUUGUUAUCUCAAGUGAUGGUGUCUGGGAUGCUUUAUCUGCAGAAGUGGCUCUUGAUUGUUGCCGUGGGAUGGCAGCAGAAACUGCAGCUGCACAAAUUGUUAAGGAAGCAGUGCAGGUGAAAGGACUUCGAGAUGAUACAACCUGCAUUGUGAUUGAUAUAGUACCACCAGAGAAACCAGCUGCGUCUUUGCCACAACCAAAAAAGCUUGGAAGAGGAGUGUUUAAGUCCAUGUUUCGCAGAAAGUCCUCUGAAUCUUCUUCUCAAAUCGAUAAAGAAUAUCUAGAACCAGAUGUGGUUGAGGAACUAUACGAGGAAGGAUCAGCUAUGCUUUCUGAGAGGUUAGAUACGAAAUACCCGCUUUGCAACAUGUUUAAGCUGUUCAUGUGUGCAGUCUGUCAAGUAGAGAUAAAACCUGAUGAGGGUAUUUCAGUACAUGCUGGUUCAUCUGAUUUUGGAAAAUUGCGUCCCUGGGAUGGCCCUUUCCUUUGCUUAAGUUGCCAAGAGAAGAAAGAAGCAAUGGAAGGGAAAAGACAAUCAGGAGACAGGCAUAGCAGUGAUAGUGACUAGCCAUACAUCCUUGAUUGUAUUUGCCUUCGGCAAGCACUAACAAUUGUUUCAGAGAUCAAGACAAAAUUGAAAGAACUUCCUCACAAUAUUUUGCUCGCUCAAACUUCUCAUGGGUGUCUUGAGCAUUUUGACUUGUUUGUGUUAUACUUAACGGAUGCAUUUGGCUCUAUCCCAAUUGCUUCUGAGCUCGAAGUUCGAAGAUCAAAUUAGAGCUGUUUGCUUUUUACGAAUCUGUUUCUGACUUCAAAAUAACAGUUGUGCUCACAUACCAGCUUAAAGAUCUCCCGAAGGCUUUGAUAAACUUGUUGGUACCUGAUACAUGGCAUCCUUUUCAGGAUCAUUUGUUUUUCUGUCUGAAUCUGUUCCUUUGUGGUUCGUAGAGCUAACAUCAAAUGACAGUGUUCUUAUGUAAUAUUGUUGUUGUUGUUAUAUAGAAAAUUUGACGAAGUACUUGAGACA